ACCUGCGUCCUACUGCGGCUGAUCAGCAUGACAAAGCACUGGCCGGAGCUGCUGGCACCGCCCGCCCUCUCUCACCUGGACCACGACCCUCAACUUGACUUCAUUGCUCAGCCGAGCUUCGGAGCGGUCAGGAGCUCCGCAGCCCCACACUGGAACCCACACUCUGCCCAGAUGGUUCCCCAGUACCAGCCCCUUAACUCGGCACCUUCAUUCAUGGAUAAACCCUCACCACCGACCCAGCAGGAGAACCAUUACAACCAGGGGUCUAAUGCCCCGGACCCGUGCUGCGAUGACCGGGAAAAGAGUGGCUCUGGAGUGGGAAAGAAGAAGAACUACCAGCGCUACCCGAAACCCCCCUACUCAUAUCUGGCUAUGAUAGCGAUGGUCAUCCAGCGCUCUCCCGAGAAGAAGCUCACUUUAUCUGAGAUCCUGAAGGAGAUCAGCACACUCUUCCCGUUCUUCAAGGGAAACUACAAGGGAUGGAGGGAUUCUGUCCGACACAACCUUUCUUCUUACGACUGCUUUGUAAAGGUGUUGAAGGACCCUGGGAAGCCUCAGGGCAAAGGCAACUUCUGGGCAGUGGAGCUGAAUCGGGUUCCUCUGGAGCUCCUCAAGAGGCAAAACACGGCCGUCUCACGGCAGGAUGAGACCAUCUUCGCCCAGGAUCUUGCUCCUUACAUCCUGCAGGGACACAAACCAGAAUCGGAGCCAUCUCCCGACCCGGUGUCGUCCCUCCCCCCUCUGAGUUCUAGAGACCUCUCCCCACAGCAGGAGGACCUUUUCCGACCAAAACUGGACUCUUCUUUUGCUAUUGACUCGUUGCUGCACAGUUUCCGGCCUUCCAGUGCCUCUGGAGAUGUGGAUAUCAGAGAUUGUUGGGGCGAGGUGGAGCGUGUGUCGCCCCCACGUCCUCUAUACGCCUCGUCUGCUCGAAGCGCCUCUGCGAGCUCCGCCAGUCCGGCCUCCACCCCCUCGUCUUCUUCUGAUGAGGAAUGGAAAGCUACAUCGCUGUCCGGAAAACGGGUCUCAUCAGAAACCGGGCCCGGAGGCUACGACUUCAGACAACCGGUCCACAAAUCUGCUCGAAGGGAAACUGUGGCGCCCCCCUGGGAGCUACCCACCUCUUACGCCAAAUACGCUCCCCCGAACGCUGUCGCUCCCCCGAGCAUGAGGUUCAACAGUGGAGCGCUGAUGCCGCUUCAUGGAGGACUUCCUAUGUACGGUUACAGAUCCUCUCCAGUCAGUCCUGGUCACUUUUUGAGUCGGGCCUACUGGCCCAUCCUGCCCAGUGGACGGGUUCCAGUCCAAGCCCCUCCCCGCGUCAUGGACCUUGACAACAUGUUGCAGUCAGUGCCGCCCAAUAAAAGUGUGUUUGAUGUUUUGAUGCCACCCAAUCAGAACUCACAUCCUCCUCAAAGCCAGUACCCAUUUCAGAAAGAGUCUUUACUGAAUCGCUACCCGCAAUACUGGCAGACUCUUAUUUCUGAACCAACUGUCAAGUCGCUCUUCUUGAUGCUGCCUCCUCAGUGUGAAGACACUAGUCAAGGUUACCGCACACACACACAGAUUAAUGUCAACGAUCCUCUGGCCGUCACCCUCCUGCUGCUCCCUAUCUCUUUAUCAGCAGCCCUCGCAUGCCUGCUCUACCUCACCUUCCUUCCUCCCAUCAUUCCUCACCAAAAUGGAGGAGGGGACAAUUUAUGCAUCCCCCCCCCCCACCUUCACAACAUAAACAGCCCUUCGGUGUCAACACACUCAUGA